AAGUCACGUUUUAGAGCCCAAAGUCACACCUGCCCCAUUUGUGGCGCACUGGGGUUUCGAGAAGCAGAACUCGCCACACACGUGUUCACCGAGCAUCCGCCCGGACACCCUUCCUCAAAAACGGAGGUUAUUUGUCCGAUAUGUGCAAGCUCCUCCGACGGCAGUCCCAAUCUACAGACACAGUCUUUCGCCCAACACCUAACCUCCAAACACCGUCUAAAGAAACUCACAAAGCCCGCUUCCUCUGCUGAAGAGGACGCUGCACCCAAGUCGGCCACACAAUCUUCGGCCGCCAGUUCUCGGUCCUCUCAUCGAAGCCAUCCCCUUCUCCCUCACGUCUCUUCCUCUUCCGCUAACCCCUCCUUCCCUUGGAAUGUGUUUGGUAGUCCUUGCAAUUCUCAGAGAAACAGUUUGGCGACCGCCGCUGCAACGGCUGAUGACGAACUGACGCACCUCUUUUCACUUCAGUCAGUACGCAAAGUCCUGACCACUUCUCCACGCCGCCUAUCUACCUCCGAUAGGAGCAAAUGCCUCCAAGUCACACCCUCCUUCAGCGUGGGCAAGGCUCCUCCACCAUCUAGUACGGCCACCAGGCGGCUCUCAAACUCUUCCCUCCCGAUGGAGAAAAAUGCGACGGAAACAACUGCUUCAUCUACGGCGCCUGCAGUGGCUCUGAAUGGUGCCACAGCAAGCACUUCGGAAAGGAAGCCCUCGCCCCCUGAGAACCAGGCCUCCAAGGAUGCGUCUUCCAGUGAUCCUCCUGGUGAUUUGAAUGCUGCUCAGACCAAUCCUAACACUUCCAUGCCCAACCUUCGCGUAGUGAACACUUCUAAUGAUACCGCCACAAAUUUCCCUCAAAACUCUACGGAUCGACAAGCCCAAAACGUCGAGACUGGACCCUCCGCUGGAAUUAUUGACGACAACAGUGUCUCUCUAAAGGCAAGCGCACACUGCUUCUGUGUUAGUUGCGGUUGUUUACUGUCUCUGUGUUAA